UUUUUCUUCUUUUUUUUCUCUCAUUAGAUCAACAUGUCCUCACGAUUAGCAAGACAAUCCUUGGAUCUUUUGACAGCUCCUAAAAGCAAAAAGAAUGACAAGCUAGACAGCAAAAAGAUCAAGUUGCCAAAGACUAACAAAGGUAUCAAGAAAGUGAAAUACGAAAAUAGAUAUGGCCGACACCAAAAGACACGCUUAUUACAAGAAGAAAUCAGAAAGCGAGAGAAUCCUAUAGACAAAUUAAAUCAGCAAGAAGAUAUACUUGAAGAACAAUUGAAGCGCAAUGUACAUAUUAUGAGAAAAGCCCUUCGAUCUAGUGAAUUAGAAAAGAAGAUCCAUAAAGAAGUCAUCAAAGAAAGAAAUGCCAAAAGAACAAAAAAAUGGUCCAGUGAAGUCAAUGGCUCUGACGGUGAUACAGAUAAUGACAGUGAAUAAAAACUCGUGCCAAAUUAGUUGUACUACAACAUUCUUAUGAGGCACAAUUUAAAUAUA